AAAGUGUCAAACACAUUCUGCGGCGUUUUUCGGUAGUCUCGGUCCGGGGGGGGGGGCAGACCGAUAGAGAGCUUUUCUCACCGCAGGUCCAGCACGCCGUACUUUAACUCCGAGGGAGCAGGCAUCCGCUGCGAUGUCAACACGGAGCUGAAAGUAAAGACCCGCCGGCUCCGAUACAUGACAGCGCACACCAGUCAUGGAGUUCAACACAUUAGCGACCUUGUGGAUGUUUUUCUGCUGUCUGUCUGGAGAAAGUUGGGCUGAGAGACAGAGCGCGCCUCCUCCGGACGGCCACGUCGCCGAGAACGCGCCGUCAGAGUUUUGUCGCAUUGAUGCGCCACUGUGCAAGGAUGAAAAUGGGAUCCUCAGCUACGAGGCGAUCCGUAGCAUCCACAAGCAGAUGGACGACGACGCCAACGGCAACGUGGACGUGUCUGAGACAGACGGCGUGAUCUGAGAGAAGAUCUAACUACACGACCCCAAGCCAAAGCACAACACUUUUCACAGGGACGACCAGUUCAUCAGCGUGGAGGACCUGUAGAAGGCCUGGAAGGGCUCUGAAGUGUACAACUGGACAGUGGAUGAGGUGGUGGAGUGGCUCAUCACCUACGUGGAACUGCCCCAAUACGUGGAGGCCUUUCGCAAGUUGAAUUUCAACGGAACCGUCAUGCCACGGCUCGCCAUAAAGAACGCCACUCUGACACUCUCUGUUCUGAAGAUCUUGGACCGCAGCCACGUGCAAAAGCUGCAGCUCAAAGCUUUGGACACUGUUCUGUUUGGAGCACCUCUGAUGAACAGACACAACCACUUGAAGGACUUCAUGCUGGUCGUUUCAAUAGUCAUUGGCAUGGGUGGCUGCUGGUUUGCCUACAUCCAGAACCGCUACUCCAAGGACCAUAUGAAGAAGAUGAUGACGGACCUGGAGGGCCUGCAAAGAGCCGAGCAGAGUCUCCAUGACCUACAACAGAAGCUGCAGAUCGCCCAGGAGGAGCACCGCACGGUGGAGGUGGAGAAGGUGACCCUGGAGCAGAAGCUGAGGAAUGAGAUCAACGCAGCAAAGCAGGAGGCCCAUCGUCUGAGGGAGCUGCGUGAGGGCACCGAGAACGAGCUCAGUCGCCAAAAAUACGCAGAGGAAGAGCUGGAUCAGGUGCGCAUGGCGUUGAGGAAGGCGGAGAAGGAGCUGGAGUCAAGGAGCAGAUGGUCCCCGCCGGAGUCUCUCCAGAAGUGGCUGCAGCUCACCCACGAGGUGGAGGUGCUGUACUACAACAUCAAGAAGCAGAACGCUGAGCGGCAGCUCCUGGUGGCCAAAGAAGGGGCAGAGAAGAUAAAGAAAAAAAGAAACACUCUGUUUGGGACCUUCCACGUGGCUCACAGCUCCUCCCUGGAUGACGUGGACCACAAAAUACUGGCAGCAAAACAAGCGCUUGGCGAGGUGACGGCCGCUCUGCGGGAGAGGCUGCACCGCUGGCAGCAGAUUGAGAUCCUCACAGGCUUCACCAUCGUCAACAACCCGGGCCUCCCUUCUCUGGCCUCCGCCCUGAACCUCGACCCCGGCUUCGUAGGCGGCAGAGCCACGCCUCAGCACUUCAUCAUGUCUGACGACAUGGACGACAUGGAUGAGGAUUUCGUGCCUGGAACUCUGCAAUACGGCACCCAAAUGCAAGCCAGCGACGUGUGGCCUGUCGGCUCAGACCGCCAGCACAUGUGGAAACAACCCGCUCCCAGUAUGAUGUCCCUGCGCCAACGCCACAUUGACCCCCAGCUGGCCAUGGGCUCCCAGAGGUUGGACCUGAAUCAUGCUGACUUUCAGUGGUCCUUGUCGCUCUCUCAAGCUGGCGAUCGGCUGUCCGCCUACAGCUCCAAAGGCCACAUAAUCAAGCCAAGCUCCUUCAUUCACGGCCUGUCCGGCCGCACAGACGACGUCCUCUCCCUGCACGCUCACACCCCCAACGGAGGGAACCGCAUUCACGAGGUCAGUCCCACGGAGCCCGUCCCCGACAGCCCCAUACUCAUGAAGAAGGUGUACGGCACGGAGCAGUCGCCCAGCCUGGGGGAGAUCAGCAGCCUGACGGAGUCGUCCCGCUCUCUCAGCCCCAACUCCACUGAAGCGGACACACCGUCACCGCUAGGAGGGCAACCGGGGGUGAAGGUGAACAGCCGCAUCCCGCAGCUGUCGUCCAAGAAGAGCCCGCUGGAGGAAGACAGCGGCUCUACGGGAGAAGAAACCGAUUCUACUGCCAGUCGCAAGAAACACACCUUCAAGAUAUUUAAGAAACAGAGGAAAUAAGGGCUACAUGAACUACAGGACUGUAUUCCGCUGGUCUAUUUAGAAAAAAAGAUGAAAAAAAAGGGCAAUUAAAGGUAAAAAUGAGGGCUCAAUCUGUUGCUCUUGCAUCUUGAGCAACCAGCCGUCUGCUAUCAUCUGCUUAAUGGGUCAAUGUUGAAUUUUUGGGAAAUGGGUAGGUUUGUAUAUUGGAAUGUAAAGUAUUAUUUAUUCUGCAGGAAGUUGUGCUACUCUCAAAGGGAAAUGUGUCUCCCGGUUGGCUUUUCUUUCUUGUUCUACAAUCUAUUACAUUUAGCAUGUCUUCACUUUUGUUGGGCUGAUACUCGAAUGCCGUUAGUGUUUGCUUGGUUCUUGUUGUUAACCUGCCUAGAAGACACUUGAUGUUUCUUGUAUUACUACAUAACCACCCAGCCUACGAGUCCAAAGUGAAUGUGCACUCCCUUUUCCUCACUGACUACUGUGUUUUUAUUGAAGGUUAUCACGUUUUGUUUUUUUGGUCUUUUGUUGUCUUCUUGGCAGAGCAAAUGACACAUUUCAUGAGACUUUGACACGCGAGUAGUCAUGGAAAGACUCAGUACAUGUUUGGCAGCCAAAAGUGACAUUUUAAAUGCAGUUUGAGCACAGCAAUAGUAGCUUCUUUGUUUGAUUCACACUCUGUAGAAGUAUCAAAAUGCUCAAGAAUUAUUUGCGCUCGACCUAGUGUACAAAAUACAGCUUGAGAAAAGUAAAUCCCCAAAGUUACAGAAGGGCCAUUGAAUGGCAGCAUCUGCCCUUUUGUCUUUUGAGUAUUUAAUUGUUUAGUGCAUAAGACCAUAGAAUAGUGAAAGAGGUGCGUGGCUCAAAUAUCCAGCUUUUAAGCAAUACAAACCAACAUAACCACUGGUUAAUAUUGGAUGUUUCUUCAUGGGACAGGAAGUAUCUAGUUGUUUAAAUUGACUGGAUUAAGUGUCCAGCGUGAACUAUUUUUUUGUUACCAAAAACACAAUAUUGAUAUUGCUUGACAAUGAACAUUGUAUCGAAUUUGUUAAUUAGGACACUGCUCCAGAGCACGUGUACAAUAUACAACACAUUGAGCAAACACUUAAAGCACAUUUAUUCAACUAUGAAAGAUUUUCACCUUGCAAGAGAAAUGGGACCCGACACAUUGACUGGCCGGGAGUUUUACUGGGAUUUGUCUCCCGUUAUCCUCUUGUCUUAACGUUUUGGUUUGACUGUUCUGGAGGACGAUGACCAACUCACACGAGUAAGAGGCGGGUGCUGGUAAGGGCUACUGUUCCACCACCAAACCAUUUGCUCUGUGUAAGAUGGACGUUUUUCCAAACCACAGCCACUUUGUAAUCCACCUUUUAUGGAAGAUUUAGCUCGGCGAUAAAUGAAAGCUGGAGACCAAUCACGUCGAAGUGCCAAAUCACCACCUCUGUUGGGGGAGGAGGGCCGUUUACGCGGAGCCACGCAACGGUUGUACACCUAGUAUGUGAUGUGUAAAGUUAAACCGCCAAAUGUCAAAGGGUUAUCGUUUCUGUGACAGUAUCAUCAGGACAGCAUGUUUACAUUUGCUACAAAUACAGACUCCUUUGGUCACCGCGACAGAACAUUGUGCCAGUUUUGGUAUAUGAGUUUGCUUCUGAUGAGCACAGAACUAUGCAUCAGUAGUUGUAGGUGAUUACUUAAGAAGCAAGGGUGCUCCUGACCGAAGAACAACCAAAAAGUGCUGCGAAAAGAUACCGUCUGCGUCCCCCCGGCCUCGCAACAGGUGGUUUGGAUGCAUAACACAUGUUUUAACAUUUUAUUUUAGAAACCAGCUUAAAAAAAAUGUUUUCCUACUGGUACUUUUUUAGUGUCAUUUGUACCUUUUUUGCACGACCGAGCUGUACAUUUGAUAGUGCCAUCUGAAAGUGUGCGAGCGCGCGUGUGUGUCACUGCGCCUUCAAUUAUAAUGCAUUGUUAUGUUGAUGCAUGUCAACUGUAGCAACAAAACCUACAUCGGGUUUAAAGAGUGGAUCUGCUUAAACUCGUUAAUCCCCACCUUACUGUUUUUUUCCUUUUAUUUGAAGCUUCUAUUUAUGAAUACACACGGUAUAUUUGUACAGAGAAAAUGGUCAUUUUGCAUCUUCUGUGAUGGUCUAGACUUUUAUGACACUUCUGCAUGAUGGCAAUAAACUAUUUUGAAUGAAA